AUGGCUGAAGCAGAUCUUAUCAUAGACAAGUGUGGCAGACUUCCCAAACUAAUAGUUGCUUUAGCUGAGUACUUGGCCGAAGUACCAAACGUCAUACGGGAGGCCCGGCGUCUGAAUGCCAACUUUAUGUAUGCACUGAAGACGACCAGGAAGGGACUUGAUAGCUUCCGGGACGUAUUCACCUGGAUGUAUUCAAGAUUUCAGGCUUGUCAUCAACUACUCAGGAAAUGCAUCUUCUAUCUGUCACUAUUUACUCAAAGCAGUAUCAUUCGUCAGAAUCGUUUGGUGAGGCGGUGGAUUGCAGAGGGCUACUCUGAGGGCACUGACAGCAACAGCAUGGUGGAAUAUACAGAGAAGCUCAUCCACGAGCUUAUCACCAUUGGCAUGAUGGAGACACAUACCAAGGCCGGUGACAUGAGAAUGACUUCUUGUCAGAUCAACUCAUUGUUCCUGGACUACUUCAUCUCAAGGGAGAUGGAAGAGAACAUUUUCCUUCCACUAGAGGUCUCCGUACUGGUGCAGGACAGCACGAUGAACACACAACGUGCAGGACAACACCUGGCAAUAGGGAGCAGCUGGAAGAGGGACAAGUUUGUGUUUGAAAGCUUGGACUUCUCACGGCUGCGGUCUUUGACUGUAUCCAGAGAGUGGAAGCCAUUCUUCAUAUCUGACAGGAUGAGAGUGCUUCGAGUUCUCGAUCUGGAGGACACAAGUAUAACAGAUGAUGAUGUCGAAGAAAUAGUGAAGAAGCUGCCUCGCCUCAAGUUCCUCUCCCUGAGAAGAUGCACAAAGGUUUCUUGCCUGCCAGAUCUGUUAGGUAACCUGAGGCAGCUCCAAUCUCUGGACAUAAAGCACACCUCUGUGACUAAGCUUCCUAAGAGCAUCAUCAAGCUGCAGAAACUUCAGUAUAUUAAUGCCGGCACGAAGGUAGCGGCGUUGACUGACGACGAGCCCUCAACACCACGGAGGAUUAUUAGGCAUGGACAUGUUGUUGCUUGUGAUGGCGUCAUGGUGCCUGGAGGAAUUGGGGCACUGGUCGCCAUGCACACACUGGGUGUUAUCAACGUCAACACAAGAGGUGGUUGGGCCACCCUGAAGGAGCUCAAGAAUCUGACCCAACUCCAUAAGCUAGGAGUAUCUGGCAUCAGUAGGAGUAACUUCAAGGGGUUGUUUUCUGCUAUAGUGGGCCAUAACCAUUUGGAAUCCCUAUCGCUGCAGCUCCACAUGGACAAGGAUUUGGACUGGUUGGCUAAACUCACCCCUCCAGGGAACCUACAACGUCUCAAAAUACACGUACAUGUAGAAAAAUACGCACACUGGAGCUGCCUACAGGCCCUUGGGCAGGUGAGAAGGCUGCAGACCCUUAGCUUUCGUUUCAAAACGGAACAAGAUGUUGAGCUCCAGUUCAGUGACAUGAUGGACAGUGGCACCUGGUAUGCACCCAACCAAUUCUGUGAACUCAAGGUCCUCGAGAUAGCUUGCAGCUCCAACCUACAUGUCAAGUUCGCAGAAAAUGAGAUGACUGAACUUGAGCUGCUCAAGGUUCACUGCUUGGAAGGGUCGUCGCUCAAGUUUUCUGGGAUAGAGCGUCCAGCUAAACUCAAGUAUGUGUGGCUCAAGGGUUCUUUUGACGACACAGUCAAGGCAGAAUUGCGGCAGAAAGUUAAGCAGCAUCAGAACAAACAUCUUGAUUUGAAACUGGAGUAA